GAGAAUUCUAGAUAAAGAUAGAGAACCCUGGCUGGGACUUGUCCUGGCCUAGACCAGAACUCCAGUUCUGCAACCUCUGCCUUACCACCUGUCUCUCUCUCUCUUCUUGCCCACAGAGAAAACCCAAGAUCACUGCCUCCCGAAAACUCUUGCUGAAGAGCCUGAUGCUGGCCAAGGCCAAGGAAUGCUGGGAGCAGGAGCACGAGGAGCGUGAGGCUGAGAAGGUGCGCUACCUGGCAGAGCGCAUCCCCACGCUGCAGACCCGUGGCCUGUCCCUCAGUGCCCUGCAGGACUUGUGCCGGGAGCUGCACGCCAAGGUGGAGGUGGUGGAUGAGGAGCGAUACGACAUCGAGGCCAAAUGCCUCCAUAACACCAGGGAGAUUAAGGACCUGAAGCUGAAGGUGCUGGACCUCCGCGGGAAGUUCAAGCGCCCGCCCCUGCGUCGGGUCCGCGUCUCGGCUGACGCCAUGCUCCGGGCCCUGCUGGGCUCCAAGCACAAGGUGUCCAUGGAUCUGCGGGCCAACCUCAAGUCUGUGAAGAAGGAAGACACAGAGAAGGAGCGGCCUGUGGAGGUGGGUGACUGGAGGAAGAAUGUGGAGGCCAUGUCUGGGAUGGAAGGCCGGAAGAAGAUGUUUGAUGCUGCCAAGUCUCCAACCUCACAAUAGAGGCCAGCUUGCUGUGCUGCGCUCUGGGCUCCUGCUUCAUGCUUCUUCUCCAACCCAGCUCACUCACCUCUCUGCCCGUGUCCAGAGCAUCCUGCCCCACCCCCACUUCUUCCCUCCAGCCUGCAUGCCCUCCUCUGGAACUGGGAAUUCACAGAUACCCAAGAGGCAGGACAAACACGAGUGUCUGAAGACCUCACCCCAGCAGAGUGGGCUUCCAUCCACCCAUGAGGCACCUGGGGUUUCCUGGCCACCCCAUGGUGUCACAAGUGGAGGAAGAGGCGGGAGUGAGAGCAGCUUUCCUCCAGCCCCGUGCCACACCCCUUCUAUGACGUGUACAGUGUCCACAGGCAUCUCAGCCUCUUCAUUAAAAACCCAGUUUCCUGGUCA